GGUUACUAGGGAUGUGAGGUCACUUGGUAGUGUCAGUUAGCCUCAGUGAUCUGACCACUAAGCAAGUGUCUGCUGCUAUAGUGCUGUUAUUAAAGAUAGAUAAGCAGUGUUUAACCCACUUGUUUUAGGUUCACGAGAUAAUAAAUUUUUCUCCGGUGCAGAAAUUUGUAUGAAGACUUCUAACAACCGGUAUUUAAGUAGCAAAAUCACCAACGUUAAAAAUUGCCAUCAACAAAAACUUCUUAGAGGUUCCGUGAAUUAUGACCACCAUGAUGAACUACCAGACUAACAGCCCCGCCAGAAGAUACAGCAUGUUAGACGUGUCACUGGCACCCAAAUGGAGGCCACGUAGUGCUUCCAUGAGUGUGGUCGAUGUUUCUAACUUCUCUUCUCACAUCGGAGGUAUCAUGAAUAGACGACCAGCAACACCAUGCACUACUCCAUGCUUUGUCAGCCCCCGUAUGGCCUUCACCAGUCAGUUCUCCUACGACUCUCCCAUACAAGUACUAAGCAGUUCACCUCGCGCUCUGUCAAAGUUGCAUAAAUUUUCCCUAAGAAACUUGUCUCAUCGCUGUCAAAUGCUACUGAUCUUGGUCUUCCUCGGCCUCGCUGCUACUCUCUUCCUCGUCAGAACUAUCUCAGUUGAACCAAACUUUGACUUUUCAGAGAGCAAACAGCAUAAUACGAACUUAGUGGAAGUGUGUGCUGAGAAUGACCUCUCCUGCUUGGGUGGAGAGACUGCCACUCAUGAACAUCCCAGACUGCAGAGGUUCAUGCGGGCAGUGGCACAGCCUCCAACUCUCGACAGUCUGUCGACAGACCCAGAGGAUACUGAACUGGACACCAGUCGUGAAGAAAGACUAUCACAAACACUCGAAAGUAACUCUUCAGAAACUGUCACUGAAUACCAAAGUGAAUAUCUUCCUGACGGUGAUGCCGGGGAACUACAGCCUCUGCCUUCUGUCGGUAACUUUGCUGCCUCUAGCCGAAAGCAACGGCUACCUGUAAUUCAGGGAGAGUACUCUGACAAUACACAGCAAUACCCUGUGCAUGGAAAUGACUUUACCUCUCCUGCACAGCACUUAACCAUAGAUCAUACUAAUUACUUGGAACACCCUACUCUGCAGGGGGUAGAGUCUUCAAUGGUACAGUAUUAUGGGGAAACUGAGGAACCUAGGCUCAUAGACGGCCAGUUAAAUUUUGAAGUGGAUUCUGAGUCUCGCUAUUUUAAGGAUGAAACUAAAUAUGCGACAAAAGAGUAUGAAAACCUAGAUUCUCGGUAUAACCUGAAGCUGAUGCAGGAUAAUACCCUUCAGCUUAGCGAGGAUAAUAGGGCAAAAGACUCCAAUCAGCGACAACACAAUGCUUUGAGAGAAACUCUGGUAAGGGAACCACAAAUUGAGUGGGAAUGGAGACAGCCUACUGCUAAUUCUUACCCCAUGGACUCCCCUCAGUGGGAGGGAUAUUCUAGAGAAGCCUUAAGGCUGAAUUUUGAAGAGUCGAGGGCACUUGCUGAUCAGCAACAGCAGCGGAGGUCUACCAGAUUUGUGACUGAGGAAAGACCUCGCCGCUUGCAGGAAAAACUAGCGCAAGAACACUUGCAAAGUUUGCAGGGACAACAGAGGAUCCGACCAGUGUACUCUCCUGAAGAAUGGCGAGAGGCCAGCGGAAGGCAGGUACACUUCAGGAUACCUCCAGGCGUCAACCCCGCCAGGUACACUCGUCACGAGCUAUGAUUUACCUCUGGGUUUUAUGUCCAUUUACCUCCUUUGGGAGUUUAAUUUUUAAUAUGUAACCACUUGCUAGUCAUAAUUUUACCGUAACUUCAAUAAAUUAAUUUUAUUA